CAUCAAUAAAGCGUUCUAAAUUUAAGUCUCUUCCACGUGCCAAAUUAUUUUAGUCAGUAUUCUCGAUAUUUCUCCGGAGGUUUAUAUAUCUGUCGAUCAGUAUAUCUGGUAAAAUUGUUGUUUAUUACUACCCAAAGUUUCGUGAAAACCAGGGAAAUAGCAGGUUUUUUUGUGAGAAUUAUGAGUGACGCUAACAAGAAUAGAUUUAUCGUGAGAAGGAAUGAUGAGGUAGGUCGUUUCGCAGUUGUUUCGGAGGAUUUGAAGGCAGGCGAUUUGAUUUUUACUGAGAAACCUUUCGCUUAUGGCCCGAAAUCAGAUAGUCCACCACUUUGUCUUGGUUGUUAUAACGCACUAGAGGGUACAUCCCUCUGUUCCAAGUGUGGCUGGCCUGUCUGCUGUACAGAAUGUGAAAAUAUUCCAUGUCAUAAGGAAAACGAAUGCGAAGUUUUCUCUAAGGCAGGGGUGAAAUUUCAACCUGUUGAAGAUGCUUCGGCAGUCUGUCUACAAUAUGAAUGUAUCACACCCCUCAGAGUACUGUUAGCGAAGGAAAGAAACCCAGAAAGAUGGGAGAAAGAGAUAGCCCCAAUGGAGGCACACUUGAAAGAAAGAAAAGAUAAGCCCUUAUGGAAUUUCAACCAGGUUAAUAUCGUUGAAUACUUGAGAGGUCCCUGUAAAUGCGACAGGUUUUCCGAAGAACUCAUUCAUACAGUCUGCGGCAUCCUGGAUAUAAACGCCUUCGAGGCAAGAGCGCCCUCUGGGUACCUUAUAAGGAGCCUGUACCCAAAUUUGGCCAUAUUGUCCCAUAAUUGUGUGUCGAACAUUGUCCAUUCUAUUGAGUGUACGGGUACAGGAGAUAAGGAUGACUAUAAUGUUAGCGUGAGAGCGGCGGUAGAUAUAGCGAAGGAUGGAGAAAUAUUCAGUAGCUACACGUAUUCCUUAUGGCCGACUUUAGUGAGGAGGGAAUUUUUGAGGGAGAGCAAAUAUUUCGAUUGCAAAUGUGACAGGUGCAGCGAUAAGACGGAGCUUGGGACUCAUAUGAGCUCUUUGAAGUGUAAUAGAUGUGACAAUGGUGUCAUUCUUUCAACAGAUCCACUGGACGACAAAUGCGAAUGGAAGUGUACCCAUUGCGAUUUCUCAACUAACGCAGUUGCCGUGAAGAAAGUCUUCGCAACGAUACAAGCUGAAAUAGAGGCAGUCGAGAUGAUGUCAGAUUCUGAAGGGGUGGAAGCCAGAGAGACCAUAUUCCGGAAAUACCGAUCGGUGUUGCAUCCGAAAAACGCUUACAUGACAAUUUUGAGGGUGGCCUUGUCCCAGCUUUACGGAAAAGCUGAAGGAUACACCAUGGAAGACUUACCAGACUUGAUACUGGAGAGGAAAGUCGAGCUAUGCCAGCAGCUUCUUGACGUGCUCGACGUUGUCGAACCUGGUUACUCUAGGAUUAGGGGUAUAACCUUCUACGAGCUACAUUCACCUCUUUUGAUUUUAGCCAGGAAUCAGUACUCAGCAGAUUUGAUAGAUAAGGAACAGUUGAGGAGGAAGUUGAAAGAGGCUGUUGAUUAUCUUGGGGAAUCGGUGAAGAUAUUGAAGGGUGAGCCGAGUACUACACUUGAAGGGCAACUGUACCAAGUGGCUAAACAAGGUCACGAUCAGCUUACAGCCAACUUUGACUUGUUGGUCGAGACCGCUUGAGAGUGGGCUUUCAAAUUUUCGAUAUUGUUUUGGAUUUAAUAAAUGCUUGAAGAAUA